AUGCAGCUGGAGGAACACAUGCAGCUGGAUGAACACAUGCAGCUGGAUGAACACAUGCAGCUGGAGGAACACAUGCAGCUGGAGGAACACAUGCAGCUGGAGGAACACAUGCAGCUGGAGGAACACAUGAACACAUGCGGCUGGAGGAACACAUGCAGCUGGAGGAACACAUGCAGCUGGAGGAACACAUGCAGCUGGAGGAACACAUGA